GCCGAGCCCUGGCUCAACAUGCAGGCUGCGAAUACCGCAGCUGAGUUGAUCGCCUCGCCGGGCGAUGAGACGUUGUUUCCAGAUUUGAGAUCUCCAAGUGAUCGAGCCGCAUCCACCGUUGAAGCCAGCGCUGAAUGCAAUGAUCGCAAUGAUCUCCCCCAGCCUGCGGAAUUGGGUGAUGAUGAUCAGGACAGAGAGACGGGGAAGGAUGAAAAAGAUGAAAAAGAUGAAAAAGAUGAAAAAGAUGAAAAAGAUGAAAAGCAAAGCUGCGAAGCUGCGGAAACCGCGGAAAGUGCAGAGCCGACAGUUGUAGAUCGACCCGUCCCUGCGGUGCAGAUCUGUGUGCGAGUGAGACCAAUGCUUCAGUGGGAGAAGGCGGAGGGAUAUGAUCCCAGCGUCAUGGAAUUGAAGGAAGGCAUUGAUGGUACGGUCGCUCUGAAGGAGGAUGGUCGCCACCGUCACUUCCGUUUCAAUGCUGUCAUCGGUGGUGAACGAAGCCAACAGGAGGUUUGGGACAUGUCUCGGAUUGAUGCUGUGGUGAAGAAGGUGGCACUGGGUUUCCAUGCCACAGUUUUUGCUUAUGGCCAGACUGGAACUGGAAAGACUCACACCAUGGAGGGCUACACUUAUGAGCAUCAUUGUGGCAUGGCCCCUACUGUAGCUGCAGCGCGGCCACGUGUCAAGGCGAAGGCCACCCCGCCGGAGCAGUUGGGCAUCGUCCCCAGGGCCGUGAUGGCUUUGUUCGAGCGCGUGGAAGCCAUGAAGGCCGAGAAGGACGCCAUGCCGUCGGCAGCGGCAGCAUCCGCCGGUGCAUCCGGUGGAUGCACAUCUGGAGGUUCAUCCGGAGGUUCCACGUCGUGUGUUGUGCGCCUCUCCUUUCUGCAGAUUUACAACGAAAAGAUUUUUGACCUUUUGAACCCUUCCAUCACUGUCUCGCAGCGAGAAGUUGGAGGUCGUGGUGAUGAGUUUUCAGGGCUUCGGUUGCGUUGGGAUGCUGCAAAGCGGCAUUUCUUUGUGGAGAAUCUCUUCCAAUACGAGUGCUCCUCUGCUGAAGAGGCCUUGCAGCACUACCAGCAAGGCAUUCAGAACAAGCAGGUGGCCUCCACUACGAUGAAUGUGGCAUCCUCCAGAUCUCACACCUUAUUGGUAUUGACCCUCUUGCGCCGAGAGGGCGAAAAAGGCGAAGGUGAGGAUGGCGGUGGAACCCCAGGUCGACCAUGUGGACGUCGACCAGGUCGACCUUGUCAAGAGGUGGUCUCCCAGUUGUCCCUGAUAGAUCUGGCGGGAUCCGAACGCAGCGUGGCCAACGUCCUCAGCGGUCGUGAAGCCAAGGGCACCACGAGAUUUCAGGAGGCCGUGAACGUGAACCAGUCCCUCUUUGUGUUGCGAAGAGUCAUCACUGCUCUCAGCAAACGGGAAGCCAAUCCAAGGGAGGCAUCUGUACAUAUACCAUACCGAGAAUCGAAGCUUACGUCCUUAUUGCAGAAUAGUUUGGGAGGCAACAGCUACUUGGUGAUGUUUGCAUGUUUGGCACCCUCUGAGAGGCAAGAUGAUGAGAAUCUGAGUACUUUACAGUAUGCUUCCCAAGCUGCCUGCAUUCGAAAUCAGCCUGUGGUGAAUUUGGAUCCCAAAGAUCAACUGAUUCAGCAACUGGAGGCCCGUCUGGUCGUUGCGCACGACUACCUGCGCCGAGUCUUAGAGCUCCCGGAGCUCCCGGAAGAUCUGUUGGAAGAAGAACGGCGCGCAGCCGGUGCCACUGGUCCCGGGCCGCGCCGGCCCCGACCUCCACGUUUUAGGGCAAAAACCCACCCGAAACCCAAUGGCAAUGGCAAUAUCCAUCCUGGUCCUGGCGGGGAAGGAAAUGCCGGAAAUGGAGCUGGAAAUGCGGCUAAUGGAGCUGUGGCCCCACGGCACCUGGCGGCCAGAGCCAAGACAUGGACGGGUACGGAGCAGCGAUGGAGUUUCGAUGAAGGGAGCGAUUCCAGGGAGAGAUCCGAAAAAGCGAAAGGUCAAGAGACGGUGUCAGAAAGUUCGCGUGAAAGCUCCAAGUCAAGGGCAAAGCCCAAGAAGGGCCACGAGGCAAACUCCGCGACUUCCACCCUCAACAGGAUUGUUCAAGGCGCAGCGCAGAAAUCCCCCAGCUGCGACGAUUGGCCCUUCGCCACACGGUCGAAGUCGGACAGCGCAGAGGGAAAGGAGCUGUUUGCGGCAGUUGAUGCCAUGAUGCGUGGCUACGAUGGGCCCAAGCCUUCUCCUCGAAAGCCAAAGCCAAGGCCAGCUUCUUUACCUCCAGUGGUGCCAGAAGGCCCAACACAGUGGCCGCCAAAGCCGCCGAAGGAUCCGAAGGCUUCAACCUUUGGUCGGGAUGGUCGGGAGUCUCCUGCUGCAUCCGUGCAAUCAGCCGAGACGGCGCUUGACAGCGUGGCUGGGAGCAAAUGCAGUUGUUGCGGUUCGGAUCGCACUCCUCAGACAGAUGCGGCAGAUGCUGCAGAGAAAAGCAGUGAAGCCAUGGAGGCCUUCUCCGAGCUUCAGAAGGCCCGAGACGUCCAGAGACGCUUGGAAGAAGAGCUGCUGGCGGCGCAUGGGAAGAUCCAAGAUUUGGAGGUUUCUCAGUCCAAGCUUGGUGAAGAACAAGCGGCGCUGCAGAAUCUCCAAUCCGAGAAUGCAGAGCUGCAUCGACGUUUAGAGGUGUUUUACAAAGCCAUGGAGUUUGACGGGGAUGCCGAUCCAAUGGAAAAUGAGGAGCUGACGCCAAAGGGCGCUCUGGCCGUGAUCGGUUCGGACGCAUCGGAACCGGGCUCUGUGGUGUCCAUUGGGCAGAAGAUUGAGAAGUUUCACUCUCAACUGGUCCUCGAAGCAGUGACCUUGCGAAAUGAGGUGGCUCGACUCAAAAAGAAAAAGUGGAUCAUCAAGGCGGUGUUGGACAACGGCGGUGAACAGGAGCGGCAGGCCAUUGUCGAAGAGGUUGCCAUGCUCCGUUCCAAACGUGAAGCUGAUAGCACUGAUAGCCCCAGCAGUGCCACAUGAUGCCGUGGAGAGAAAAAGAUGGGGCACUGCUUCCCGGCAUUUCAGGGCAUUUCCCGGCCGUGAGGCAAACUUUGCUGUCACUUGUUUUCACUUGAACUCCGGCACAUCUCG